UUUUUCUUUUUUUUUUUUUUAAAGGAAAACCAUACCACCUAGCUUGCGAACACGGCUAACUAACUGAUGUAUUUCAAUUAGCCAAAAUAAUGGUAGAAUCAAUGAAUACAUGUAUAGUCAGAAACCAAUAUUUUCCGGUACGAAUCAAAUACUAUACACCUAUAUAAACAAAGAACUGUCAACAUACCGCUCCUGUAAUUACUCACCACAGUUCUGGCCGAUCUAAAGACACUUGAAACCUUACAUAAAACAUAGAGAAGAUUUCUGUUUUGAAUCGUUUUCUUCUUUCUUUAGUUAAAGCAUUUCAGAUAACUUAUUUCCGGAAAUUUUUCAAAAUGGUGAUUAAUAUUGUUUAGCGUAGUGGCAUCCCAUUCUUUUUUUGUAUUUUAUUUCAUUUUUAUCACCGUGGCCACAUUAAACAUUGAAUGAAAAUGAACUUAUACUUGUGAAUAUGUUUCAAAGUCAAUGAAGCUAUCAUUAACCAAAGAAAUAUUUUUUCCUAUUCAAACGAUACUGUAACAUCUUUCUAGAAAAGAUAACCAAGUAACACAUUUUCCCAAAUUUUUGAAAUGCACCUAGAUGAUUGCUUUUGUUGUCGGUGCAACGUCGACUUGAAAAAAAAAAAAUAAAGCACAGGGCCAAGCUCUCUCUUUUCAGGCAAUUAGCCACUGGGCCUUAUUGGGAAGGCUUUUGACACCCAAGUUCAUUAUAACAAAUAGGUUUUUCCCUGUAAUAAGCGCAAGUGUUGUUCAGGUGGCAGGCCGUUAUUUAUCUUGGGAAUCUUUGAUAAUUGCUUGUCAGACCGACGCCUCUCGUGAAUUUAUAAGGAAAGGAAUCGACGCACUUCCUUCGUUUACUACUAAUAAGAAGAACGUGCUUCGGUGCUUUCUGUUGCCAAAAUGUCAGUGUUACUUUUCUCACUGCCUACCGUGGGUAGUGGAAUUUGAAAGCUUCAGAAUUCGUAGAAAUACAAGUGACUGAAAACGGCCUCACUCAAGAGGGAUAUAUGUGCACUAUAAGGCAACACUUGGCAAAGAACCACACUCUGCGAGUUUCUUUGACGAGUAAGAAUUGAUUGGUAUCACUUUGGAGCGCAAAGGUGAUUACAAUUGUGGAAAUAAUCACUCACGGUAAAAGCAUUUUGACGUCAAAGUGGAGUGUCUCUUUGGUAUUUACACUGCGGAUUAGUUGCAUAGUCUGUUAGUCUGAUACCAACCUCUUAGAAGCCAUAGUUUCUUCUCAAAGUGUAAUGUGUAUUCAACCAAAGAAGUAGAAAGGAUUGCGAAAGGGAAGCUCUGAAUCUUGCAAAGGAUUGCUUAACAAUUCAUCUAUUGAUUUCUAACCUACAAACUACUAAGGAAUUUUCUAGGCUAAAUUUAAGGAAAAAGGCUGCAAGAGGCAAAGGUCUCAAAAAACAUGAGUUCAGGGAAUCAAACCAAUCCAACACCAAAUAUGGACCUGCCAUGUCAAGAAAAAACGAAAGAAGAGUACAUUUACCAAACAGCAUUUCUGAUCCUAAUCAUGCUGGUGACAUUCCUGGGAAACUUCAUGGUAUGCUUGACUGUAUACCUUCAUCAGCGACUCCGCACGGUCACCAAUUACUUCAUCGUAUCUCUGGCCGUGUCAGACUUGUUGCUCUCUCUUCUAUAUGUUCCCUUUCGUAUCGAACAAACGAUUGACAAUGGUUACUGGUGCCUCCGCAAGGAACUCUGUGCAACGUGGAUCGUGAUAGAUUUGGUUUGUACAGGUGCAUCGAUUUAUAAUCUGGCUGCCAUCUCGGUGGACCGCUACAUCGCCAUAGUGCACCCUUUCAGGUACCAUUCCGUGAUGACCACAAAGGUCGCUCGGAUAAUCAUUGCAAUCAUCUGGGCCUACUCCAUAACCUGGGCGGGUUUCUCUGGCAUAAACUGGACAGAUUCUGAGCAACCUCCUUAUAACUGGGACUCUAAGUGUUUUAAGAAAGAUAAGAUUUUUUACACUAUUACUACGGUCACCGACUUUUUUUUUCCGCUUAUGGUUAUAUUGAUCAUGUACGGACUAGUAUUUCGUGUGGCCAUGACCCAAGCUCGAGCAGUAGCGUCUUUGCAACCUCAACUUUCUAAACGGGAUGGCCGCGGUCGAAGGUUUUCAAUCAACAUCGUGAAAGAAGUAAAAGCUGCCAAGACCCUGGCCAUUGUCAUCGGCGCAUUUGUCGUUUGCUGGUUGCCUUUUUUUGUCUUCUUGCUUGUCAGUCUGUGGGACUUAAGUUUGUUGACGCCACCUAAAGUCUCGGAGGACGUCCUUACUGGUUUGCGUGCCACAUUUUUGUACGUGUUACCGGCAAUUAACAGCACGUUAAAUCCCAUUAUAUACGCACUAUUUAACAAGGAGUUCAGGACUGCAUUUGUUCGAUUGUUGCGUAGGACAUGCGGAAGACCAUUGACCAAUUCGGAUGACGCCCAUUACAGCAUGAAUUCCAGCGUACUAAACGACGGCCACAAAACUACUAGGACAAAUGGCAAAUCGAGGAAGACCAGAUUUCACGAAGUACAAGGGGAUGAUGAUCCAAGUUCAGACGAACCGAAACAUGUUUAGAAUCGCUCUUUUCCCCAUUGGAACCCGAAGCCUGCGAAUAAUUUUAAAAUUUGACUUUCAGGGAGAUUCAGCUUAUGAGCUUAAGGAAACUGUCUCAAGUAAGCUAUGAAUAAGUACAUUGGUUAAUCCUGAUUUAAAUCAACGAAAGUCUUUGAUUGUGGAGUAAGUUACUCUUUUGAAAUAUCAUUGAUCAAUGAUGAAGAGCUUGACCGAAAUCUCAAGAGAACAGGAGUCCACUAAUUCCAUCUUGUUGAAGCAAAACGAUACAAAAAUGAACUGCAUCAUUAAAUCAUUCUUAAAAAAUAGCAAAUAUUCCUGUGAUAGCUAUUUUACCCAUUAUACAUGAGUCGGCUUUGAAUUGAAACUUGCCAAAUAAUAAUCGUGCAAUUUUAAGGACUAUUCCAUCGACACGCAAGAUGGAUAAUUUAAUUUUAAGUACAUAUUUUUAUCAAUUACACGAUAAUUAGGAGUCAACUUGUAGAUGUGUACAGUCAACUUAGAAAAUUGAAGUCACACACACUUACGAACGCUCGUUGAAUCUAUUUAUAGCACGUCUGUCGUUGGUGAAGUUUUGUGCAUCCUAACCUGAGUAAACUUAGUUUCAAAUAUAAAUUUUAAGCCAUAAAACAUUACUUGUCGCGACACUCAAUAUAAAGUCAAUGAAGUUUUCUCCGUUCACCUUAAGGUGAUCGACUGAAGUUAUUGGAGUAUCUCGUUUUGUAAAUAAGACUUCUGCUUAAGCUGGUUGAAUGACUUCUGGCAUGAUGUGUAGGUUAGAAAACAUAAUUUCCAUUUCCUUGUUUGCAAUUGACGUCUGAGUACCAGAAAACAAACAGGUUGUAACAUUGUUUGCAACCAGAUUAUACUUGCAAAUGAUUAUUGAUCCAUUAGAUUUAUGAAACUUUUUCUCUGUGGCAUCAAAUGACAACGUGUGCCUUAGGCUCUGCCAUAUUUGUUUCAAGUCGUUGUGUGUAGUAAACAGGUUUUCCUUUUCGAUGAA